AUGAGUUCAGGGAGUAAUACAACCACUCCAAGUAAUAAUAGUAGUGGAGGUGGGAGUGGGACGAAUACAGGUGCAUUCCACUCCAUGUCGGCACCAGCUACUACUACAUCGGGCAACCUAUCCCCAUUCUCACCAUCUGUGAUAAACCCAGACUCGACGACAAUGACAAUGUCACCAUUUAGUAUUAGUAAACAUCGUCAAGUCAUUAGAACACCCAGUGGUGAUAGUAUAGGAAGUCCAAUUAGAGGUGGAGGAGGUGGAUUAUUCUCACCACCAGAAUCACCAUAUUCUUCAAGACUGACUAAAACACCACCAUUUGAAAUGGAAAAGUUAAGAGAAAAGAUACAACAUCUUGGAUGGAUGGGAUCACCCAACCAAUCGGGUUCAAAAGGUAGAGCUCGUUCCAAUUCAAUGGCUAUAGGGUCGCCUGGCUCUGUUGCAUUUCUACACAGUCAAUUAGAAGAGGUGUCAAGACUACUAGAAGAAAAGGAAAAGGAUGUUCAAUUGGCUGCAGAGAUUGGUAAAAUGUUACUUGAAAAGAAUAGUGAUCUUGAAACUCAAGUUUAUCAACUAUCAGAUUUAGAAAGAUCUUUUUCUGAACAAUUAUCUCAUAUGGAUUUCUUAAAAUCUCAAAACGAUACAUUAAAUGUAAAUUUAAAAGAAGCAACAUUAUUAAAUGAUAUGUUGGAAGAAAAGGUGGCAGAUUCAUUAUCGAUGCUUGGUAAAUUAAAAACACAAUCAUCAAAAUCUAAAAAGAAACAUGGUAGUGGUCAAAUAGACCAAGGUGACCUAGAUCUACUCAAUCAUGAAAUCGAAGAAUUAAAAUCAAAAGAUAUUCAAAAAGAGAAAUCUUUUAUUAGAUUAAAAUGUGAACAUGAAACAACUGUAAAUAAAUUGGAAAUACUAUCAAACGAGUAUGAGAAUAGUAUGGAGAGAAUUAAAGAUAUGGAAUUAUUAAAAGAGAAAUAUCAUCACAUUUUAACGAAAAAUAAUUCAUUGGUAUCGAUUGCAAAGGAUAUGGCAACUCGAAGGUCAAUCAUUGAAGAGUUUAAUUUAAUUAAAGAUCAUUUUGAAGAGACUCUUGGUACUAUCCUCACCACUACUUCCACACUGACAGCCGAUCAAUUUGACAGAGACCAAGAAUUGGCAAUCCUAAACAAAUCAAAAGAGAUUAUUGAUCAAUUAAGUUUAGAAGAAUCAUCAUUACCAAUUGUAACACAAUUAAUGGAAUUAUUAAAAACUAUAGAUCAAGAGGAAAAGGAUAGAAUACAAGCUAGAGAAUCAUCAGGUCGAAGAUACACCAUUUACAACAAAGAUGAUAUUCAUCUUGAGGAUGGAGAAGAUGAUUUAUUAGAUCAUAUUCAUAGUGAUAGUAGUGAUAGUGAUGAUUCAAUGACAUCACAAUUAAAAGAACAAGAAGAUCUUGAAAAUGAUAUUUCAAGUCAAAAUUUAAAACGUAGUUCUAUUUUAUUGUUGAUUGCAUUAUAUUCAAGUAAUAAAAACAAGGAUAUAAGUGAAAGAUUUAACAGGAAUAUAUUGUCCAUAUCAGAGCUGCAAGAGGAUAUUGUAGAGUUGAAUGAAAAGUUGGCAACAAACAACAAAAUCAAUGCAAAAUUGGAAUUGGAUGGACUGAAUAGAAUACAAGAUCUAGAGACCAAAUUAUUACAAUCAGAGGAGAAUGUUGACCUUUUAAAAAAUUCAAUUCAACAAUUACAAGAUCAAUAUUCUGAACCAGAGAAAAAUCCUCAAAUUGUAAGACAAAUGAAUAUGAUAAAAGAAGUACAAGAUAGAUAUACAACAUUAUUAAGUGAAUAUAGAAAAUUGGAAUUGGAAAAUAAUAAGAAUAUGGAGAUAUUAGAAUCAAGACUAAAAGAAAAAGAGUUUAGCAUACACAAUUUAACAUUGAAUUUGGAGGCAGCUAAAAAAUUAGAGGACGAAUUACAAAUUGAAAAAGAGUAUUCUCUAAAAGUCAAAAAGGAAUUAGAAGAGUUGAUUGGUCAACACGAUAGGGAAAAAGGAGAGACUAGUCGAUUACAUGGAUUAUUGUCGGCUAGAGACAUUGACUAUCAAUCAUUGGUAUCGAAAAUGGAUCAAUUUGCAACAAGUCAUGCCAAAGAAUUGGAAGAGUUGAAAUUGUCGUUACAGACAUGUGAGGAGGAAAGAAAACUAGCACUCCAACAAUUACAAGAUACCAAAUCAGAUCAUCAAAGUAGUAUCAAGGAAUUGAUGAAUAAGCAUAGAUUGGAAAUUGAUGAGAUUCAAAUUCAAGAAUGUGUCAUUUGCAAUGACAAACAAUUAGAGAUAUCUCGGUUGAUUGUCAACUUGGAUGAAAAGGAACGUGGGUUUAUCGAAGAGAUGGAUCGUCUCAAAGGACAGUCUUGCCAAUCUUGUAUAGACAAGACUGCACAGUUGGAUAGUAGUUCACUGGAAAUCAGACAUUUGAAAAUUGAAUUGGAUCGAUUGACCAAUCAAUCAUGCCAGUCUUGUGCCAACAAAGACUUACAACUCGGAGGUCAAUUGGAUGAAAUUAAUUUGAUAAAAGAUGAAAAUACAAGACUCAAAGAGGAUGCAGUCAAAUCAAACGAUGAAUUGACAAGACUCAAAGAAGAUGCUGUCAAAUCAAAUGGUGAAUUGACAAGACUGUUGGAUCAAUCCACUCUAGACAAAGACCAACACACUAUCCUCAAAGACGAGAUUGCAAGAUUAAUGGAAGAGAUUGCCAAAUCAAACGGUGAAAUUACAAGAUUAAAAGAUGAUGCUAUCAAAUCAAAUGAUGAAAUGUCAAGAUUAAAAGAUCAAGUCGAUCAAUCAAACCAACAAGUUUCCAAUUUAAUCAAUGAAUCUACCAAACCAAAUGAAGAAAUCAUUCGAUUAAAAGUUCAAGUAGACAAAUCAAACGGUGAAAAUGCAAGAUUAAAUGAACAAUUGACCAAAUCAAAUCAACAUACUUCUCAAUUGGUUGAACAAGUUGAAAGAUCUACAGAUGAAAUCACAAGAUUAAAACAAGAAAAUACAAGAUUGGUAGAUGAAUUAACCAAAUCAAAUGACCAAAAUUCUCAAUUGACUGAACAAUUAAAUCAAUCAAAUAAUGAAAAUAGAAGAUUAAAUGAUAAAAAUGCAAGAUUAAAGGAUGAAAAUCAUAGAUUGUCAGAAGAAAUAAUCAAAUUAAAUCAACAAUUGUCUCUAUCAAAUGGAAGUUCAACAGAUGAAAUUACAAGAUUAAAGCAACAAAUUGGUGAUUCAUCUGAUGAAAAUACAAGAUUAAAACAAGAUAACGCAAGAUUGGUAGAUGAAAUUUCAAAAUCAAAUCAACAAUUGACUCUAUCAAAUGAACAAAUUGAAAGAUCAAAAGAUGAAAUGAUCAAAUUAAAACAACAAUUUGAUGAUGAAAAUACAAGACUAAAACAAGAGAAUACAAAAUUGACAGAGGAAAAUCAAAAAUUGGUAGAUGAAAUAGAACAAUUGGCCAAAUCAAACCAACAAUCCUCUCAAUUGGUAGAACAAAUUGAAAGAUCAAAAGAUGAAAUAACAAGAUUAAAACAACAAUUUGAUGAUACAUUUGAUGAAAAUACAAGAUUAAAACAAGAGAAUACAUUGUUGCAAGAAGAAAAUCAAAGAUUAAAAGAUGAAAAUGCAAAAUUGAAAUUACAGUUGGAUAGUCUUGCUAAUCAAUUGGCUAAUCAAGAACAAGAGAAAUCAAGAUUAUUAGAAAUUCAUAAAUUAAAGAUUGAUGAGAUUGAAAGAGAAAAGGAAAUUGCAAUUGCAGAGUGUUCUCGUAAUAAUACUCCUAGAGAGAACAGUAGCAAUCAGCAACACACAUGUAUAGAAGGAUCAUUAAAUGGUAGAGAAUUGGAAAUGGUUAAACAUGUAUUACAAAUAUUACCAGAUUCAUCUUUAUCCAUUACUUGUAAAUAUUGUACUAUUAACAAAUUAUUAACUGGUAAAAUAUUUUGUAAUGUAUUAAAUUAUUAUAUCAAUGAUUGUAUUGAUACUAGAGCAUUACUAGUUACAGAUGAUAGUAGUAAUAAUAAUAAUAAUCAAUCAAUUGAAAAUAACAAGGACAAUUUAACUUUAAUCAUUAGUACUUUGAAAUUAUUUGGUGGAUAUACUAAUUUCCAAGUUGAUGAUAUUAUGUAUAAUGAUGUAGCAUUAUUUAAAUUAUUAUUUGAAGUGUUGUAUGUUGGUAUAUUACAUACAAUCAAUUUAGAAAAACAUCCAGAAUUGGCAUUCUUGUGGAAAAAUAACCCAUUAAAACAAAAUGAAAAGGAAAAGGAAAGUUGGGAUAAUUUUGUUCGUUUGGACCCAUCAAUCUAUAUUAAAAGAUGGUUUAAUCAUUUCUUAAAAAAGGAUCAAAAUAUUAUUAAACAAGAUUUUACAAAAUUAAAUGAAUUAAAAGUAUGGAAUUCAAUAAUGAAACAAUUAUAUCCGGAUUGUGGAAUUACAUUGAAUAGUUCAAUUGAGGAGAUUAUAGAUUAUAUAAAGAAUGUAUUGGGGUGUCCUAGAAUUGUGACAUUAUUGGAUUUGCAGAGUGAGUCGGAUGAACACAAAGCAAUCUUUUUAAUGGCUCAGUUGUUUGACUUGAAAUCGGGAAUUCAACUAACGGAGGAAAUGUUGGUACUGUCACCCGAAUUACCCAACCAUACACCGAGUAGCGAGGAAAAGGCAGCCAAGAUAUGGCUCAAGACAGUCGAUAUCUCGGCAUCCAGUUUGGAUGAUUUUAAAGACGGACUGUUGUUACUUCGAGCAUUGGAUCAAAUAUCGACGGGUAUUGUCAAUUGGAAAAAAGUGAAUAUGACGCCAUCCAACACAUUCUCAAUGACGGAAAACUGCAACUAUUGCGUCAAACUAGGUAAAGAUUUAAAGUUUUCAUUGGUUGGUAUUGCCGGCAAAGACUUUGUCGAUUGUCACAAGAAAUACUUGUUGUCGUUUGUGUGGCAGAUGAUGCGAUACAGCUGUAUGAAAAAGGUUAGUCUUAAAGGCAAGGAUGGCAAGGAGAUUACAGAAGGUGAUUUGGUGCAAUGGGCAAAUGCCCGUGUACAACAAGUAGCCAAAACCAACGACAAGGCCAGCAACAUUACAAUCAAAGGGUUUAGCGAUUCAGGUCUACGUGACGGUCUCUUUUUACUCGAUCUCCUCGAGUCUAUACACGCAGGCAGUAUUGACUACAAGUUGGUCGAACCUAAAAGUCAAGUCGACACGGAAGAGUCACGCAAAUCAAAUGCCAAGUAUGUCAUUAGCAUGGCUCGACGACUCGGUUCAACCGCCAUCAUUUUCUGGGAGGACAUUGUUCAAGCUAAAAGUAACAUGAUCAUGUUAUUCAUCUUGGAUCUAAUGUCUUUAACUUUAAAUCAAAAACCUUAA